UUGAAUGCACCGCUUGUUGCACAGGGUUGGAGUGACAUUGCAGGGGUGAUCCGAGACAAUAAUACUCUUCCUGCGGCCAUGCGAGAACUCUUCAUCCUGCGGACGGCGGUCUUGAACAGCGCGACAUAUCAAUGGCUACAACACGAGCCCGUUGGUCGCGCUGCUGGCCUCACAACUUCACAGUUGCUCACGGUCCGCUUCGCUCCACCAUUCGUUGGCCUACUGGGCGCUACCUCUGCUGUCAAUCGCACCCUUUCUGCCGAGCUUUCCGCGGCUCUCGACUUCGCUGACUGGUCGACAGAAGCCGUGCACGUUCCACAGGACAUAUUUGACAACCUCCAUGCUUUCCUUAAUGACAAGCAGAUGGUGGAGGCGACUGCGACUGUCGGGAUGUAUAAUUUCGUCAGUCGCUUUACGGUAGGAUUGAACAUAGAUGACAAAAUGGGCGUACCGAUUCCGAUCCCUCAAUGA